UCAACCGAGUCGGUCUUGGAGAACCAGCUGGUGAGCAAGAUUUGCUGUUUCCAGUUGCUGGAGCUAAUGUACGCUCGGCUUUGCAAGGAUCAGGUUUACUCAGAUGCUUCUGUCCUCAACCAGAAGUUUUGCUUGGGAAAGGCAGAAACUGGGAAAGAGAUGACACAGAAGAUCACAAA